UCAAAAACUACCUAAUUUUACUACAAAUCACUUUUUCAAAAAUAUCUUAGUGGGAUGGUAGGAAUAUAUUAGAAAUCCUAUUUGAAAUAAUUCCUACUCGGUCAAGUAUUAUCCCACAUUUUCUCAAAAAUAAAAGGAAGCAUAAUAAGUGCAUAACUUAGCUUCUUUAGCUUGCUCGGAACAGCUUCGCCGCAUCCAACCCAUCCUCUGAUCUGCUUCCUGUAUUUUACUGAUGGAAGAGAAAAAUGCAAUAUCCAACAACGAAUAUGCUGCAAAUAUAAUCACCAUAAGAGAUGCCAGUAUGCGAAUCGGGCCAUUUGUGCACAAAACCCCUGUCCUGACAUCAGACACAUUAAAUUCUCUUGCAGGAAGAAAAUUAUACUUCAAAUGUGAAUGCUUUCAGAAGGGUGGAGCUUUUAAAUUUAGAGGGGCAUGCAAUGCUGUAUUUUCACUCAAUGAUGCUCAGGCAGCUAAAGGGGUAGUUACUCAUAGCAGUGGUAAUCAUGCUGCAGCUCUUGCCUUGGCUGCAAAACUGCGUGGGAUUGAUGCACACAUUGUCAUACCAAAAAAUGCUCCGAAAUGCAAAGUUGAGAAUGUGGUGCGUUAUGGUGGCAAAGUAAUAUGGAGUGAGUCCAAUAUGAAUUCGAGAGAGGACGUGGCUAAUAAAGUAUUGCAAGAUACAGGCUCUGUUCUUAUUCAUCCAUAUAAUGAUGGGCACAUCAUAAGCGGGCAGGGUACAAUAUCAUUGGAGCUUCUGGAACAGGCUCCCCAAAUUGAUACAAUUGUUGUUCCAAUUAGCGGAGGAGGUCUUAUAUCAGGAGUGGCUUUGGCUGCGAAGUCCAUCAAUCCGUCCAUUCGUAUUUUGGCUGCUGAACCAAAGGGAGCUGAUGAUGCUGCAAAAUCAAAGGCAGCUGGUGGGAUCAUAAAAUUGCCAGAGGUUAAAACUAUCGCCGAUGGUCUUCGAGCGUCUCUUGGAGAUCUCACUUGGCCUAUCGUCCGGGAUCUUGUUGAUGACAUCAUUGUCGUUGAUGAUAAAGAGAUAUUAGAAGCCAUGAGGCUUUGUUAUGAGAUUCUGAAAAUCUCUGUGGAGCCUAGUGGAGCGAUUGGCCUUGCAGCAGUUCUUUCUGAUGGUUUUAGAAAGAACCUUGCAUGGAAUGACUGCAGAAAUGUAGCUAUUGUCAUCUCUGGCGGGAAUGUGGAUCUCAGUGUGCUUUGGGAUUCGCUCAACAAUGUGUAAAUAUUAAGAAAUUCUUGCGCCUUGAUUUACUUUGCAUUUACAACUCUACAGCAUAUGCUCCCCCCGCUUUACAUGUUCCAUGGUUCUCCUGUCAUCAAGCUAAGGUUUUCUACAGGCCUAGGUUAUAUAUAUGAAUCUUGAUAUGAUCUGAUCUGUAAUUUUUACAGAUGUGGAACCUGGUUUAAUCUCUCAACUAUACAAUGUUACUCAGAUUUACUCAUUUACCCUUAGCUACAAUGAAUUUGGC